AUGCCUCUUCUUCUCUUUUCAUCUAACACACUCAGACACCCGCGCUUCUCGAAGUUACACACGAAGUCGUUCGCCUCCAGCUUGUAUCAUUUUUCGUUCAAGUUGUCGUCUACACUCAUCACCAAUCGUGCCCUUUCGCCGUCGUCGCCACUGUCCUCUUUGGCGUCUUUCCUAGGUUCUUCUCCUCUCCGUCCUCUCAGUCUUACACGUUCAGCCAUGGGUCGUGAAAACAUUAUGCAAUAUCAGUUGGAACAUGACCACGAAACGGACAUUCCGCAGGUCUCCACUGAAACUUUGGUUCCACCAAAGACCCCUGUCAAGCCAGCCACUAGUCACAACAAUGGUCCUUUCACCUUGCUGAAAGAGUCCACAAUGCAAGACUUUUUGGCUAACAACAGAUACUUCGUGGACUCUGUGCGUCACAACCACUCCAACCAGAUCUUUGAUCUCAACGGAAAGGGCCAAUCGCCUCACACUUUGUGGCUCGGAUGCUCCGACUCUCGCGCUGGUGAGCUGUGCUUGGCCACCUUGCCUGGUGAGAUCUUCACACACAGAAACAUUGCCAACAUUGUCAAUGCCAACGACUUGUCACUGCAGGGUGCUAUUCAGUUCGCUGUCGAUGUCCUCAAGGUUAGAAAAAUCAUUGUUUGCGGUCACACUGACUGUGGUGGUGUCUGGGCUUCUUUGUCCAACAAACGUAUCGGAGGUGUCCUCGACUUGUGGCUCAACCCAAUUCGUCACAUCCGUGCCGCCAACAGAGAGAUCUUAGACAAACUCAAGGACAAUCCAAAGGAGCGUGCCAAGAAGCUUGCCGAGCUCAAUGUCAUUGCCUCUGUUUUGGCUUUGAAGCGUCACCCUAGUGCUCUGAACGCUUUGAAGAAGGGCGAGAUCGAGGUCUGGGGUAUGAUGUACGAUGUAGGUACUGGCUACCUUUCCGAACUCGAGAUCCCAGCUGAUGAGUUUGAGGAUCUUUUCCACGUGUCCGACGACCACGAGGAUGAGCACAACCCUCACUAA